UCAAACAUGGUUUUGCUUACAAAAGUUAAGCUGGUGCUGCCUGUGUUUAUUUUUGAAAGAUGGGCUACCUCUUAAAUAAUGUACAAGUUCACAUAUAGAAUGUACUAGCUUAAUAGUCGUGUUUUAAACUUCAGCGGCAUCCAAAGCUUUAUCUUCGAGAUUGUCCUAAAGAUGUCAUCACCACAGCUGUCACCAGUGAUACAUGCAGACCGUCAGGUGAUGGCUGUACCUUCCCCAAGAAGCAGCGCCAAGUCUCUGGAGUCAGAACCUGUAGUAAGAAGAAAAGGAACAAAUCCUUUCCGAAUGCCGGACAACAGCAGCAUCUUUGUCUUGAGGAAUGAGGAGAGGGAACGCAGGAAAAAGGAGCUGGAGGAGCAGCACAGGCUGAAGGUCCAUGAGAAAGUGACCUUUGCAGGUCGUAUGAGGGCUGGUGGGGCCCGGCAGAGGAAGAAGGUCCUGGAAGAGCCUCAGGAGGACGGUGAUGGGGACGCCCGACCCCCUGGGGCCCUCAAGCCUGCGUGGAUGGCGGCCAUGAUGAAAGAUCGCAACAUUGAUCGGGAGAGCAUGAGUGAAUACAUCUCAAAGAAGAGGGAAAUGUUUCUGAUGGAGUACUCCUUAGAGGUGAAGAAGCAGGAGAUUGAGCGGCUCGAGGCUACAGCCACAUCCAUGGAGAAGAAGCUUAGAGAGGCUGAACACUUCCUGGAGGAGGACAGUGCCAUGUUUGACGAGUUCCUCAAGGAGAAUGACAGGAAAUCAGUGGCAGCAAUCAAAAUGGCAGAGCAAGAGACCAAACUAAAACUUGAGAAAGUGCUUGAGAUCAAGAGACUCUCUGCUAAAAUUGUGGCUGUUAAGAGUGACAUCUCUAAGUAUGAAGACAACCUAAAGGAAUACACGCUCUAUAAGGACUUCCUGUUUAAGCUCUCUCCACCAGAGUGGCAGGAGCAACAGCGGGCCAGGAGAGGGAGGCUCCAGCAGGCCAGAGCCAAGGAGCGAGAGAAGGACGCAGAGAAAGCUGCUGUCAGCAAGAGUCCUAACAGGAGCUCCACUGGAGAGAAAUCUGCCACUGGACAGAGGGGGAGCUUAUUAAGCCAGGGCCUGCCCCCUGUCAGAGAGGCCAAGAGGCUGCCCACUCCAGGCUCCACAGAACUACAGAGUGACAAAUUAGGGAAAGCAUCUGAAACUGAUGAUGACAGCUCAGAAUAUGAGGAUGAACCAGCGCUGUACUUUACCGACCCGCAACAGCUUGUCGACCUGCUCACGGAGCUGGAGGAGCAGAACCUCUCGUUGGUUCAGAACGCCUGCGAGACCGAGGAGACCCUGGAGGAGUUCCGCAAGGUCAUGGAAGUGACACGCAAGGAAAUGGAUUCCGAGUCUGCAGAGCUAGAGAAGCAGCUCGAGGUCAUGACCUCAGCUAUCCAGCGGGAGCAGGAGAAGGUGGCGGAGUUGGAGCUCAGAGCCAGACUCUACAGCUUUGGCCACUUAAAGAACGAGGACCAGGACAACAUGUUGCACACCCUCAGAGGGAAGGUGGAGGAGGUCCACCGCUGCUGUGUGGGAGACACUGGAGCCAACCUCAGCACACUGCAGAUGCUGACCAACAUUGAGAGCCGGCUAGGGGAGCUCAUGGAGAGGAUGGAGACCAUCCCCAAGGACAGGCUCCAGAUGGCUGAGAAGGCCAAGGAGAGGGAGAGGAGAAUGAGGAUGAGGGAGGAGAAAUUACACCAGCAGAAGCAACUACAGGAGGAUAGGAUCAGAAAGGCUCUGGAGAGAUCUCAGGCUGAAAACAAGAAAAAAGUGGGCAAAAAGCUCAUGACAAGAUCUCAGCCCCUGUCCCGCAAGCUGAACGUAAUCCAGAAAACAGAUUUCUCUGACAAAGAAAGAGAGGACCAUCUGUUCUUUUUCACUUAAGAGAUGGGUCAGCAGGUAUAAGAGCCAUCUGUGCCUCGACACCGCAGUAGUCUUAAUUAAGCCAUAGCAGGAGGCAGGGGAAAUGUGUACAACUGUAAAUAAUGUCUCAUGACUGGGCUGCUGGCACAAUUAUUUAACCACAAAGUUGAUUGGAUUUGACAGGUCCUCUGUGGAGGUGUUGUAGUGCAUGGGGUAUUGUAGGAGUUGGACAGCAACAUUGUGUUAAUUUGGAAAUAGUGAGGCCAGUAUUGUGAUGUAAGUUACAUUACAUGACUUAUUUUAAAUCCAAACACAACUAAACCAUCUGGCACUGAGAUGCACUAUAUUGCCAAAAAUAUUGGGUCACCUGCCUUGACUCACAUAUGAAUUUAAGUGACAUCCCAUUCUUAAUCCAUAGAGUUUAAUAUGAUGUCGGUCCACAAGGUUUAGGAGUGUGUUUAUGAGAAUUUUUGACCAUUCUUCCAGAAGCGCAUUUGUGAGGUCAAAUACUGAUGUUGGACGAGAAGGCCUGGCUCUCAGUCUCCGCUCUAAUUCAUCCCAAAGGUGUUCUAUAUGGUUGAGGUCUGUGCAGGCCAGUCAAGUUCAUCCACACCAAAUACUGCCAUCCAUGUCUUUAUGGACCUUGCUUUGUACACUGGUGCACAGUCAUGUUGGAACAGGAAGGGGCCCUAAAUUGGCAGCAUGGAAUUGUCCAAAAUCUCUUGGUAUGCUGAAGCAUUGAGAGUUAAUUUCACUGGAACUAAGUUGGCAAGCCCAGCUCCUGAAAAACAACCACAGGCCAUAACCCACCCUCCACUAAACUUUACACUGCAAUGCAGUGGUGGGGAUGAACUUGACUGGCCUGCACAGAGUCCUGGGGCCUCAUUUAUAAAGCGUUCUUACGCACAGAUUUGAUCUUAGACUUUUAUAAAUCUGCCAACGCU